ACCUGUCAGCCCCUCCUGUCUGACACUGAAGUUUCCUGUUUCACCUGACAGCUGUGUGCUCACCUGUUCCUCUCACACCUGUGUGAGUGUGUGUGUGUGUGUGUGUGUGUGUGUGUGUGUGUGUGAGAGAGAGAGUGUGUGUGUGUGUGUGUGUGUGAGAGAGAGAGAGAGUGUGUGUGUGUGUGUGUGUGUGUGUGUGUGUGUGUGUGUGUGUGUGAGUGUGUGUGUCAUCACCGUUCAGUCUAAAUCUUCAGUUCAGUGUUUGUGGUGUUUUUUCAGUGGGACGCCCCCUUGUGGUCACAGCCGUACCUGUGACCUGUAUGUGGUCCAGUGUUUGGACCUGCUCCCUCUGAACUCUUUGAGUCGUUGACGGUUUGAUGUGGUCUCCUCAGACCCCUGACAGUCCUGAUGGAGGUCUGCUCAGUCUGCUCCUGUUUGGGUUCUUCUGUCCUCCUCUGUCCUCAACAUUCGAACCCUCUCAUGUCUCGGCUCUUCUCAUCAGCAGUGAAAUCUUGUUUUCCUCCUGGAGGCCUCAGAGGUCCAGAUCUCUGCAGAAUCUCAGAGAAACCACAAUCCUCUGUGAUCACAUGACCCAGACUUCUGUCUGUGAUUGGACAGAUCUCUCUGACUCUGAUCCUCUCAGAUUCUCUCUAUUUCACUUUAGUCAUUUUAUGACCUUUGACCUGAACCAACACUUUAGACAGAGUCUAACAGGAGGACAGACAGAGGACAUCUACUCUAGAUAAGAAUCCGUGGAUGUUGGCAGAGGAGUCCUUCUCCUCCUCCUCCUCCUCCUCCUCCUCCUCCUCCUCCUCCUCUGAGUUCAGGUGCAUUGAUUGUCUGUGUUGCAGUCUCAGCUCCACACUAAUGAUGGGUCUCAGUCUGCAGUGAUUAAUGCUCCUCCUCCUUCUCUCCUCCUCUCCUUCUCUCCUUCUCUCCUUCUCUCCUACUCUCCUCCUCCUCCUCUGUUCUGAGAUUGUUGUUCAAGAAGAAUCUGGUGUGACUUAGAAAUGAUGAACACAUGAGGACUAAAACAGACACUGACUGUUAGGAUGGAUGGAUGGAUGAUGGAUGAUGGAUGGAUGGAUGGAUGAUGGAUGAUGGAUGGAUGAUGGAUGGAUGAUGGAUGGAUGAUGGAUGAUGGAUGGAUGGAUGGAUGAUGGAUGAAUGAUGGAUGGAUGGAUGGAUGAUGGAUGAAUGAUGGAUGGAUGGAUGGAUGAUGGAUGAUGGAUGGAUGAUGGAUGGAUGAGUGUGUUGGAUGGAUGAUGGAUGGAUGGAUGGAUGAUGGAUGAUGGAUGGAUGGAUGAUGGAUGAUGGAUGAUGGAUGGAUGGAUGAUGGAUGAUGGAUGGAGGAUGGAUGAUGGAUGGAUGGAUGGAUGAUGGAUGGAUGGAUGGAUGAUGGAUGAUGGAUGAUGGAUGGAGGAUGGAUGAUGGAUGGAUGGAUGGAUGAUGGAUGGAUGGAUGGAUGAUGGAUGAUGGAUGGAUGAUGGAUGAUGGAUGUUGGAUGGAUGGAUGAUGGAUGGAUGGAUGAUGGAUAAUGGAUGUUGGAUGGAUGGAUGAUGGAUGGAUGGAUGGAUGGAUGAUGGAUGGAUGAGUGUGUUGUGUGUCCCCUUAUUUCCGUGUUCAUGUUCUCACCCCGCCCUUCACUCAGUAACUCCUCAAACCUUGAAGCGAUGAACAAACACAGGUGUUAGAACCCACCCUGGUUCUGGUUCUGAUGUCCUGGUCUGUUUGUGAUUGUGGGUUCAGUGAGUUCAGUGGGUUCAGUUCUGUUUGCUGUUGACGGUCCGACCCUCAGAACCCUGCUCGGCUCUAAAGCCUUUGUCUCUCUCUGUGUGGUUCUGGGCGGGUCCGGUUCCCCUGCUGUCAGAGACUUUAUUAAACCUGCGGGCAGCAUGACUCAUGCCCUCUCUCACUCCGGACCCGCCCAGAACCCCCCCGUCUGUGUCAGCGCCUGUUCCCUCCUCUGGUCUUCUGGACCUGGUUCUGCUGCUGCCGGGCCUCUGUUUUAGGAGUGUCUCCUUUAUUGGUUUGUGUAUCAGAACAAGGAAACCCGGUUUCAUCAGCACACAGAACCAGAACAACAACAGCUGUUUGGACUCCACAGCUGGUUCUGAUGGUUCUGAUGGUUCUGUUUAAAUCUGUUUCAGUUUCUGUCCUCCUGCUCGGACUCGUUGGUCACACACACACACACACACACUCCUGUAUGUUUCCUUCUGUAGCUCCGCCCUCAUCUCCGCCUCUCUGCCCCUCCCCCCCAGGUCUGAUGCUCGGCCGCCAUCAUGUUCGCCAAGAAGAAAACCAAGUCCCGGAUCCAGAUCUCGGCGCCGUCAAACUUCGAACACCGCGUCCACACGGACUUUGACGAGCAGGAGCAGAAGUUUGUGGGGUUACCACGGCAAUGGCAGUCGCUGAUCGAAGACACGGCCAAGAGGCCCAAACCGUUCAUCGACGCCACCGUCAUCACGGCGGUGGAGCCGCGAAAGGUGAGACGAUGAUGAUCUGAGGCAGGGAUGAGGUCCGGACUCAGCAGAACCCCUAAUGUUGUGUUUUCUAUGAUGGGGGAGGGGUCAUGCUGAGAGGUCUGUGUGUGCAGGCUCCGCCCCCCCGUCCUUCGCUCCUCUCUGACCACGCCUCUUCUUCUCUGUAGGCCAUCGUUCGAGGAAACAAACUGGGCGUGGACGGGUCGCUGACCUGGCUGCUGGACGAGUUCGACACCAUGUCUGUGACCCGGUCCAACUCUCUGCGGCGAGGCAGCCCCCCCACCCAGCCUCGGAAAGACUCGUCGGUGGGCGUGGGCCAUGAGAACGGAGACCCUCACCACAGACACUACCCCCACCCAGACAGACCGGACAGGUGAGGACCAGAGGCAAGGAGAUCCUGUUGUCAGAACCGCUUCAGAACCAGAACCUGAUCUUUUCACGCUGUAACCCUCAGAGACAGACCUCGACCAGAACAUCAGGGUGGAGGAGACCCCCGCCAGGGUCCGAGGGCGCUCCGCCCCCCACAGCGGGACGAGGGGACUCAGAGUCGACCACAGCAGCAGCCCCGGGGUCAAGAGCCCAGCCGGGCCCACAGAGACAGACCCGGUUCAGGUCCUCCUCCCCCCCCUCACAGAGACAGAACGCAGCGGGACCGAGUGGACCAGGUACCGGUUCUAGACCACAGUAAUCCAGAGUUCAAGUCUUUGAGAUUAAACUUUAUUUCACUCAGUUGAUCAAUAAUCACCGCUUCAGGAAAAUUCAAUCACUUAUUGAUUUGUUCUUCAGAUCCAUCGAGGUCUUCAUCGUCAGAGUCCGACUUAAACAGCUGUGCGAUUUUUUAUCCUCCGAGUCGGUCUCGUUUCUGUUCCGGUACUCGUCUGUUCAGUGGCGGUUCCUGCUCAGACCAGUUACCGUAAUUCUCUGAAUAUCCACCGAGCGCCGCCGCUUCGUUACUUACCGAAGUCGAACUUUCACAUUCGGACAGAUUUCUGAGCGCGUUGAACCUCAAAAAAUCAGUAAGUAAGAACAACGAGUCGUCAUACAGACGGGCGCCGGAUUAUAAGGUACGGAGUAGGCCGACUGAUCGGGUUUUUUAGGGCCGAUGACGAUUAUUAGGGGGGAAAAAUCUGAUUACUGAUUAAUCAGCCGAUUUUUAAGAUUUUAAUGAAGUUAUAAAAAUAAAUAUAUACAGUAGAUGUCCACAGUAGGACAGGAAGUCCGCCUGAUCACACUGGGAGCAGAAAAGCGUUUUUAACUCCCCGUUAUUCUGGUGCUGAUUUGACGAUUCACACAUCCAGCUGAUUUUGGGUGAUCUGCUCGUUAUCAACCAUCUGUCACGUCGUGUCUCAGUCGAUUGACAACGAGCAGAUCAACCAGAUCAGCUGGGAUGUGGAGACGCCUAAAACCUGCAGACAGGUGUCUCUCCAGGACCAGGACUGAAGAACUCAGAUUUACACUGAGCUCAUUAUUCCAGUUUGUUAAAUUCACUCUGACUGACAUGAACCUACAGACGACACUCAGAUAACUGAAGAGAAGUAACGUCAUGUUUCAGCAGAAGACUUUUGGAUAUUUGGGUUUCCACCUGCUGUCUUUGUCAACAUGCUGGUGAAGCUGUAUUUGGUGUGAUUACAGCCUCGCUACAGUCCAUUGGUUUGAUUAAAUUGACCUUUGACCUUUGGGAGAUCUCAUAAAUGUUUUUCCUUCAUGUCCCCUGAGGGCCUCCGUAAGCAGGCGCAGCGUCUAGAUCUUGGCCCAGCCCCCCAGCCCGUGUCUCUCCUAGAUCACUCUGUCACCUCGAGCCUGUCUGACCUUUGACCUCCUUUCUCAGGGGCAGGGGUCUCACAGAGAUCAGCCGGGUGACCACAGACCAAAGUCCAGCUACGUGGUGCGGGACGGGAGUCCUCAGUCCCCCAGAGACAAGAGGCCUCUCUCUGGACCCAACAUCCGCACCCCGAACCUGCCGGUCUCAGAGGGGGGGGUCAAGACCGCCCAGCAGAACCCCCGACCGUUCAACACGUACCCGAGGACAGACAGCGAGGGCGGACGCAGCCCCACGGGACAGGUAGGUCCGCCUGCCGACAGGUGCAGGUCUGACCGUCAUAGAUGCUCCUCUCCUCUGAACCUGUGACGUUCGUUUGUCCGAUCACUCGUUUCCUAAACUCUAAACUCCGCCCUCACAGCAGCGCUCUUUUUACCGUUCCAGUCAGUGAACACAGUUACACAAAACUCACAUUUCCUCAACAGACAAGCGACACCUCCCAACAAAAUGAUGGUCAUUAUUUAACACACAACAUCCCAUAAUAGCAAAAACAACAUUCUAACCCUCGGAUACAGAAUAAAAACCUCUGCUGCUGCAGUGAUACCAGAUCAAUAACUAUCAAUCUGAGCUGAUCAGAAACAAACAGCUGGUUUAUGUCGGGUAAACUGGUGUUAAAACAGCUGAUUCUGGUCUGACUCAGAGUCAGGGGUUCAAAGGAGGACAGUGAGGAGGGACAGAGAAAGACAAACGAGGGUCUGAGGGAGAAGAGCAGCAGAUGUAGUUGACUGUGAACCUGUUUCUGUUCCAUCAGAGUGUGGAAAAGUGUUUUUCUUUGACAGAUUAACUUCAUUUAGACUCAGGUUUCCAGAGUUUUGGUGAAGUUAGUGUGAGCAGAGAAAGAUGAUUUAGAAAUGAAGAGUUAGUAAGUUAGAGAGAGGAUCUGAAGUUUGGGUAAAAAAACUGUACAUCUAUAAAUGAAGGAUCUAUGUAUUUAUGAUCUAUGUUAGUUUGUGCUCUGUUGAAGCUCCGCCCCUUAAACGUGAUUUUAUUUUAUCUCAGUGCUGAUACUCUCUCUCUCUCUCUCUCUCUCUCUCCCCCCCUCAGCCGGGUCGACACCAUGACUCCUCCUCCUCCUCCUCCCAGAACGGCCCCUCUGGCGGCUCCACCCGCGGUUCCUCUGGAUCCAAACCCCCUGUUAGCCACCCUCACCCUCACCACUCCUCGAACCCGAGCCUGACCCCUGACUCCACCCAGCACCCACACACCCCUCACCCCAACGUCCCGGCCCCACGGCCCCCUGUUCCCUCUGGGCCCCCGGCGUCAGGCGCUCCUCCUCAGGGCCGCUCCCCUCAGAGAGAACCCCAGAGGGUCUCUCAUGAGCAGUUCAGAGCCGCACUACAGAUGGUGGUGGAUCCAGGUGAUCCGCGGACGUACCUGGACCACUACAUAAAGAUCGGGGAGGGGUCCACGGGGAUCGUGUGUAUCGCCACAGUGAAGACCACCGGGAAACUGGUGGCUGUGAAGAAGAUGGACCUGAGGAAACAACAGCGGAGGGAGCUCCUCUUCAACGAGGUGAGAGCCCAGAACCUCUGAACCCCCCCCCCUCACUGCUCAGCUGGACUCUGUGAGUUCAGAACCAGUCUGAAACUGUCCCUGAUGAGACCAGCUCCCAGGUCAGGACCUUGGCACCAAAGAUGAUAUUUAUCAGGUCUCCACAGUCCGACCGUUUCACCGCGACUAAAAAUAGAGUGUGAAUUAUCAAAUGUAUUUCGGGUCACAUGUGCAUAACACAACAUAUUUUUUUUUUCCUGUAAAUACUGCGGUGAAGUUAGUUUCAGGUUGGAUAUAUUUUCCUGUAAAUACGGCGGUGAAGUUAGUUUCAGGUUGGAUAUAUUUUCCUAUAAAUACAGCGGUGAAGUUAGUUUCAGGUUGGAUAUAUUUUCCUGUAAAUACAGCGGUGAAGUUAGUUUCAGGUUGGAUAUAUUUUCCUGUAAAUACGGCGGUGAAGUUAGUUUUAGGUUGGAUAUAUUUUCCUGUAAAUACGGCGGUGAAGUUAGUUUUAGGUUGGAUAUAUUCUCCUGUAAAUACGGCGGUGAAGUUAGUUUCAGGUUGGAUAUAUUUUCCUGUAAAUACGGCGGUGAAGUUAGUUUCAGGUUGGAUAUAUUUUCCUGUAAAUACGGCGGUGAAGUUAGUUUUAGGUUGGAUAUAUUUUCCUGUAAAUACGGCGGUGAAGUUAGUUUCAGGUUGGAUAUAUUUUCCUGUAAAUACGGCGGUGAAGUUAGUUUCAGGUUGGAUAUAUUUUCCUAUAAAUACGGCGGUGAAGUUAGUUUCAGGUUGGAUAUAUUUUCCUGUAAAUACGGCGGUGAAGUUAGUUUUAGGUUGGAUAUAUUUUCCUGUAAAUACGGCGGUGAAGUUAGUUUUAGGUUGGAUAUAUUUUCCUGUAAAUACGGCGGUGAAGUUAGUUUCAGGUUGGAUAUAUUUUCCUGUAAAUACGGCGGUGAAGUUAGUUUUAGGUUGGAUAUAUUUUCCUGUAAAUAGGCGGUGAAGUUAGUUUCAAGUUGGAUAUAUUUUCCUGUAAAUACUGUGGUGAAGUUAGUUUUCGGUUGGAUAUAUUUUCCUGUAAAUACGGCGGUGAAGUUAGUUUCAGGUUGGAUAUAUUUUCCUGUAAAUACGGCGGUGAAGUUAGUUUCAGGUUGGAUAUAUUUUCCUGUAAAUACAGCGGUGAAGUUAGUUUUAGGUUGGAUAUCUGACGGACAUUCUCUGAGGAUCUACCGGUGUCUUCUCACUCUCUAUAACCGGGAAUAACAACAGCAGCGCGGUUAAAUCUACUCGACACCCUCACUGUCAACGUCGGGGUUGAAUAAGGGACCGUCAACCUGCGUCCCCAAAAACUGGAUCCAGUUUGACAGUCUUCUGCUGAGGUGGUUCUGUGGAUCUCCUGAGCGUGAGCCACAGUGACCCACAUGUCCUCUUUCUGUGUCCUUCUCUACCUGCAGGUGGUGAUCAUGCGGGACUAUCACCAUGAGAACGUGGUGGAGAUGUACAACAGCUACCUGGUGGGAGACGAGCUCUGGGUGGUCAUGGAGUUUCUGGAGGGAGGGGCGCUCACAGACAUCGUUACACACACCAGGUAAGAAGGAGACUCCAGAGGGUGGUGGGAAUCUGGUUUUAGUCCAGAUCAGAGUCAGCGUUUUAAAAAAGAAUCAAAUCCAGUUCAGUCUGAAGGUCUGACUGACUGACCCCCAUUUUCCACCGCGAGCCGGAGCACGCUGGAGCACGCCGGAGCAUGGCGGAUAAAUUCAGCACAGAUUAACCCGUGCUGGAAAGGAAGAACAGAAAUCUGUUUGUGGAUGAAACAGAGAGACGACUUCCUGAGUGGAUGUAGAAACAGUCAGUCAGGUUUCUCAGAGCUGAUGAGAAACACUGUCUGAGUGUUUUUAUCCACUUUAAUUCUGUGUUUGAACCCCUGCGUGGAGUCGUGUGUGUGGGACUGUGAUAUUCAGUUCCUCUGGUACUGAACUGUGACUCAGCUGAACUCUGGACCGGGUUCAUUCUUCCUCAUCAUCAUCAUCAUCAUGUUUCUCAUCAGAUCAGAAUAAAGUGAAAAAAAAACAAAAACACAUUUUCUGUGUUCUGAAACUUCAGCCCAGUAUUGUCUGUGUUAUAAUAAUACAGUAUUCAUUAUAAUGAGACAGAUAUCAUCUUUAUAUAUAUUAGUCUUAUUAUAAUAAUACAGUAUUUAUUAUAAUGAGACAGAUAUCAUCUUUAUAUAUAUUAGUCUUAUUAUAAUAAUACAGUAUUUAUUAUAAUGAGACAGAUAUCAUCUUUAUAUAUAUUAGUCUUAUUAUAAUAAUACAGUAUUUAUUAUAAUGAGACAGAUAUCAUCUUUAUAUAUAUUAGUCUUAUUAUAAUAAUACAGUAUUCAUUAUAAUAAGACAGAUAUCAUCUUUAUAUAUAUUAUUAUAUCCGCUCCAAACCUUUGACUCCACUAGGGGGCGGUGUCCUCUCAUCAGAACUUCGCCCCACAGUCUCGGCCAUCUUACUCCUCAGGUUUUCGUUGGUAUAGAGAGUUUUCACAGUCUUUGACUUUGUCUCUAUAAAUCACUAAAACACGCUAACUUCUGUAUUUUUGUCGACCCGUCAUCAUACCGCUGCACAGACAGAUCUUUAGAGGACUGACCUCUGACCUCUCACCUCUCUGUGGUUCCUCUGCAGGAUGAACGAGGAGCAGAUCGCCACCGUGUGUCUGUCCGUGCUGAAGGCGCUGUCCGUCCUCCACACUCAGGGCGUGAUCCACAGAGACAUCAAGAGUGACUCCAUCCUCCUCACCCACGAUGGACGAGUACGUAACCCACACUCUGAUCACAUGACCACAUCAGACCGCUCAGGUCUCAGAAGACAGGAAGUGACCUUUUUGAGGCUGACAUUACAGCUUCCUGUGUAAAUCCAGAAUUAAGCUUUUCUUAGAGAAGAAUCAGUUUCUGUGUGUUUACAGGAAGGAAACAGCUGAUCAUAUAUAUAUAUAUGUGUGUGUGUGUGUGUGUGUGUGUGUGUGUGUGUGUGUGUGACCACAGCGGCGAGGGUUUUAAUGUCUGAUUCUUGAAGGACUCUUACAGGAAAGUUCAGUCAUCCGUGAGGAAGUGAUCUGACUGUUCUGACCGUCUGUUUUGUAAACACGGCGACACGAUCACAGUGUCAGAGAGCCUCAGUGGUGUCGGGUUUCACUGUGUUUGUGUUUCUGAGAACAACAUCAUGACUUCAGUGGAAAUGUGGCGUUAAAGUGACAUCAUCACGGCGUUCCUCAUGACUGUCUGACUGAGUGACCGCGGUCGUGCUGUAGGGAUGGGAAUCCAUCGACAUCGUUCACAUUUUAUCUUAACGAUUCUUUUCUUCCGGGUGUCUUCAAAAACGGUCUCACGAGUGCCGGUCUACGCAAGCGGGAACAGAGACGGAGGAAGAAAACAUGGCGGACGGUCAAUGAUCUAAAGCGUGGUUUAAUUUUACUAAGAAGGACGACAACACGUUUGUGGAGCAGUGAGAACAUGUAAAACAGAGCAGAGCAUCAGUGCUGUCUGCAGCUCCGCCCCUGCGAUCACGUCUAAGUAAAGUCACUGACGUGGCGCUCACAUGCGCCGUCUUUGGGAAUUUAGAAUAAUGUGUUUAACUGAGUUAGGAGGACAUAAAAACACUCGACCAAAAAAACCCUCAAAAUUUCACACACAAGUCGGCCCGCGUGGUCGUGUCUUCUUGUUGGCGGUUCAGAAUUUGGUCACUCUAACAUCGGUCCUGUUUUUACACAAACACAGAAAUACUGAACAAAUAAUUUUAGUUUGAUUAUUUCAGACUCUCACUGACGUCUGUUAUCAGAGACUCAGUAACAGUAAAAAAAACUUUGAUUUCAGUCAAUAAACAGAAUCAAUAAUGUCAUUGAUAUCAAUAACAUCGUCCCUAUGAUGCUGUGAGCUGAUGUUUGACCGUCACUCUGAACUCUCAGCUCUCGGUUCUGUCGCCAUCAGAAGAGGUUUGAAGAGGAUCCAUGAGGAUCAUUUAGAGACAGAACCGAGGAGGUUCUGUUCGCUCAGAGUGAGAUCAACCCGACUCCAGCUCUGCUCUCGGUUCAGGUUCCUCUUUUUCAUCUCUAAGGUCACUCUCCUCCUCCUCCUCCUCCUCCUCCUCCUCCUCCUCCUUCACAGUUACUGAUUCACUGACAUCCUGGAUGUUGAAAUGACAGAAAUCACUUCAUCUUCGCUGAGGUGACGCCGUGUCAGAGUGUUUGCAGAUAAAAAGGCGUUGAAAGAUCACGUGUUUGAUAAGCUAACGCUGCCAACACUCGGCACCGCCCAGGAGCAGAACCUCGCCCAGUUCUGGAGAAUUAAAAAAGGAAAUUGUGGGUCAGAAAAAGGAACUCAGAUCCUCCACUGCUGUCCACUUCCUGUGCGUGGACGAGUGAGUUUCUGCUUUCUGCAGAGAAUGAAACCAACAUCGACCUUCAGAUGUUUCCCAUCAGCCCCUCUGUCUGUCUGCAGUUUUCAGGUCGUCCUCCAGGUGAAGUGAGAGAGCAGCAGAUAUCAGCUGUUCCUCUGCACCAUGAAAACACGCACAGGCGUGCUUCUGCAGAGCGCCGCAGUUUCAGCUGAGUCAUCAACACUCAUGUCAGCAGCUGUGUCCCGUCAUGUCUGAGUUCAGGUCUCACAUCCGGAGAUGAUGCUGCUCCUUCUUCUCCUGCUCCAUUUCUCUGGAGGUUGUCCUUCACAGGUCUUUGUAGAUGCUCCUCAGGUCAACAGCUGAUCAAUCAAAAUGAUCCCAGCAGGAAAACCGUUUCAGCCGCGCUGAGGUGGACAAACUGAAGAUAACCCAGUUAGACAUAAAGCCGUUCUCUGUCCCCGUUUCUCAGACUGACUUUUUCUGAACUCACCAGAACAUUUCAGAGAAGGUUCGAGACUCUCAGAGGAGUUUGAAGAUCCUCCAGACUGACCUCGUCUCUUUAAUGUAGUGAGGAAACAUCAGGUCCCUGAGUGUGGUCUGAGUGUGUGUAGUUGUAGUUUGUGUAGUUGUAGUUUGUGUAGUUUGUGUAGUUGUAGUUUGUGUAGUUGUAGUUGGUGUAGUUGUAGUUUGUGUAGUUUGUGUAGUUGUAGUUUGUGUAGUUUGUGUAGUUGUAGUUUGUGUAGUUGUAGUUUGUGUAGUUGUAGUUUGUGUAGUUUGUGUAGUUGUAGUUUGUGUAGUUUGUGUAGUUGUAGUUUGUGUAGUUAGUGUAGUUUGUGUAGUUGUAGUUGGUGUAGUUGUAGUUUGUGUAGUUUGUGUAGUUGUAGUUUGUGUAGUUUGUGUAGUUGUAGUUUGGGUAGUUUGUGUAGUUGUAGUUUGUGUAGUUGUAGUUUGUGUAGUUUGUGUAGUUGUAGUUUGUGUAGUUUGUGUAGUUGUAGUUUGUGUAGUUGUAGUUUGUGUAGUUUGUGUAGUUUGUGUAGUUGUAGUUUGUGUAGUUUGUGUAGUUGUAGUUUGUGUAGUUUGUGUAGUUGUAGUUGGUGUAGUUUGUGUAGUUGUAGUUUUUGUAGUUUGUAUAGUUGUAGUUUGUGUAGUUGUAGUUUGUGUAGUUUGUGUAGUUGUAGUUUGUGUAGUUGUAGUUUGUGUAGUUGUAGUUUUUGUAGUUUGUGUAGUUGUAGUUGGUGUAGUUUGUAUAGUUUUAGUUUGUGUAGUUGUAGUUUGUGUAGUUUGUGUAGUUGUAGUUGGUGUAGUUUGUGUAGUUGUAGUUUGUGUAGUUUGUGUAGUUGUAGUUUGUGUAGUUUGUGUAGUUGUAGUUUGUGUAGUUUGUGUAGUUGUAGUUGGUGUAGUUGUACUCGGACCUCUGCCCUAGGUGGGCUCAUGUUCUGAGAACUUCCUGGUCUUCUGUUUCUGAGGUUCCUGGUUGGUUUGGUUGUUGAGUCUGGUAGAGGAAGCAGACCUAACCGAGCCUGACGGGUUUCUCGGCAGCGGGGGUGGGGCGGGUUUGUGUGCAGCCGUGUGAUUGGUGGAUAAGUAGGUCAAGGUCUUUAUUUUUGUUUGGCUGUGGUGUUGGUGUGAGGGUUAGUUUCAGUUUCAGGUUUGUUUAGCAGAGCUGAUCUUCUCAGGGGGGGGGUGUUCAGUGGUUCUCGGGGCAGACUGGUUUCAUUUCUCUUUCUGAGCCAGCUGUGGUGAACGGUCCGAGGAGUGGGUACCGUGAAGGGGAACUUCUCUGCUGAGUUACAGGACUGUCACAGAGACUGAAAUAUAAUAACUGAUGAGACUGUGGACCACCUCAGUUCUUCUCCUGAGGACCAGCUCCACAGUGAAGACCUGGAGAGCUCUGUGAGGAGGUCUGAUGAGGUCUGCCCUGGUCCAGCAGGAUCAGGACUCAUCAGAUCUGAGCUCUUAGUGAAAGUUUUUAUCAUUCCAUCGUGUACAGCUGUCUACAGUAAUAUAAUAAUAAUAAUAAUAAGUAUAAUAAUAAUACCCCCCCCCCUCCAGGUGAAGCUGUCGGACUUUGGGUUCUGCGCUCAGGUGUCUAAGGAGGUUCAGAGGAGGAAGUCUCUGGUCGGGACCCCGUACUGGAUGGCACCAGAACUCAUAUCCAGACUUCCCUAUGGACCAGAGGUGAUCCUCCUUCACUGCAGUGUAAGUCCUUCUUCUUCUUCUUCUUCUUCUGUCCUGCUGACCCGCCCUCUUUGCCGUGUGCAGGUCGAUAUCUGGUCUCUGGGCAUCAUGGUCAUAGAGAUGGUGGACGGGGAGCCGCCGUACUUCAACGAGCCGCCACUCAAAGCCAUGAAAAUGAUCCGGGACAACCUGCCCCCCAAACUGAAGAACCUGCACAAGGUACGCAGACCCAGACUGAGUGUGAGCAUGUGAAGGUUUUUACUUUGGCAGCUCCUCAGGAGGUCGAGAAGAGACACACUGGAGAGUUUCUGACCACCUGAUGACUCUGUGGUCAGACGUGUGAGUGAACGUUCUCACCUGAAGGUACCUGGACCGUAAGGCUGCUGGUUAUUCUGGGUUCACUGGUUCUGAAACAGUUUAGAGUCGGACUAAAAUAAAAAAAAACUAAAAAGGAAUAAAAGAGUUUAUCUGUUUUUUUUAGAAAUUAUAUUUUGUUAGUUCAGCCCCCCCUCAGAGAAAUGAAGCUCAAAGACUUUUUAAAAAUAUUUUUGAUAUAUUUAUGACAUUUUCAGGACAAAAUAAGUUACUAAAAAGUUUUUUUCUCAUAUUCUAAAGUUUUAGUCUAAUUUUAAAGUUUUUCCCUCAUAUUUUAAAGUUUUUUUUCUUAUAUUUCAAGUUUUUUUUUCUUAUAUUUUAAAGUUUUUUUUCUUAUAUUUUAAAGUUUUUUUUCUUAUAUUUUAAAGUUUUUUUUUUUAAUCAUAUUUUUAAAGUUUUUUUCUUAUAUUUUAAAGUUUUUUUUUAAUCAUAUUUUUAAAGUUUUUUUUCUUAUAUUUUAAAGUUUUUUUUCUUAUAUUUUUAAGUUUUUUUUUAAUCAUAUUUUUAAAGUUUUUUUUCUUAUAUUUUAAAGUUUUUUUUUUAAUCAUAUUUUUAAAGUUUUUUUUCUUAUAUUUUUAAAUUUUUUUUUCUUAUAUUUUAAAGUUUUUUUUAAUCAUAUUUUUAAAGUUUUUUUUCUUAUAUUUUAAAGUUUUUUUUUAUCAUAUUUUUUAAGUUUUUUUUCUUAUAUUUUCAAGUUUUUGUCGGUUCCUUGAGGACCAGAAGGAGGUUUUUUUUUUCAGUCUGACUUUUCUUGUUAAGGUUUUUUCUUCUCUCAUCGUUUCUUUACAAACCUUCUCCACGGCUGACUCCUGAUGGACUCUGGAUGUUCUCGUCUUCUUCUCCAGGUCUCUCCUCUCCUGAAGGGCUUCCUGGACAGGAUGCUGGUGCGUGAUCCGGCUCAGAGGGCCACCGCCAGCGAGCUCCUCAAACACCCGUUCCUGACCAAGGCGGGGCCGCCGUCCUGCAUCGUCCCUCUGAUGAGGCAGAACAGGAUGAGAUGAAACAUGCGGACGCCGGUCUGACCUCCAGACUGUGGGUGGGGAGGGGGGGCAGCGUGUGCAGGUUCAAGUUGAUACAGAAUACUCCUGCACACAGAGGAGGAGACCGCCACCGCCACGGGGGUCAAAGGUCACGUAGGAGAGGGUUCAAACUGCAGGCGUGUGUGUGCAGGAGUAUUCUCUCUGUCUGUCUGUGAAUCACACGACUGUGGGGGUCACUCCUUCAAUCAGAGGCAAUAAGGCAGUGAGUGUGUGUGUGUGUGUGUGUGUGUGUGUGUGUGUGUGUGUGUGUGUGUGUGUGUGUGUGCACGUGUAAGUGAGUGUGCACGUGUAUGUGUGUGUGUGUGUGUGUGUGUAAACAUGUCCACAGCACUGUUAGAGUCAGUGUGUCGUGGUUCAUUCCUGUGAGGAUCAGAGGAGCCUUAACGGAUCGACUUCACUGAACCGUUGAGGGUUCUGACCCGAGACCAGCGCCGUCUUCUUUCCCCGUUUGGGUCUGAACCGGAUCUGAUGUGUAGAUCUGGAUCUGAAAUGUUGACACUACAAAGACUGGAGACUCCUGCGGAUCCUGACCACGACCAGAACUUUACUACUGAGGGAGGACCCCUUCAGACUCUGAGCGGAGUCACACAGACUUUUAUUUUGUAGUCCUGUAAACACUCACUUCCUGUUGGAAACAAGCAAACACACUAAGUCAGCAGAAAAAAAACACACUGGAGUUUUUUUUAAUUCUUGAAUUUUAAUUUUUUCUUCUUUUGUUUUUUGUUGUUUCUGUGUAAAAACAUGGAGAUCUUUUAUCGGUUUGAGCUUCUCUGUUUUCUGAUGGUUUGAUGAUGAAGAUGAUGAUGAUGAAGAUGAUGAUUUGUUUGACUCUUUCCUCUGGAGAAGAUGGGGUCUAUGUUUUGAAGCACUGUCCAUAAGAGAUAGAAGCUGCACUCUCAGUCAGUCGGCUGAGUCCAGAUCUUAGACACUAGAUGUUUUAGUUUGUAGAUGAUUAUUUUAGACUGUCGAGAAGAAACCAGAUCAUCACAGAGACACCGGUGCUCCUGGAGAUACCAGACAGGAGGAGAUCUGGUCCAAACAGGCCUCCAGUGACCCGACGGUUUUAGACUUCAGCUUUUAUGUUCCUGCAGGUCCUCAGGAGGUCCUGAUGAAGGUCCUCACUGACCUGCAGGUCCUCAGAAGGUCCUGAUGAAGGUCCACACUGACCUGCAGGUUCUCAGAAAGUCCUUAUGAAGGUCCACACUGACCUGCAGGUUCUCAGAAGGUCCUGUUGAAGGUCCUCACUGACCUGCAGGUCCUCAGAAGGUCCUGAUGAAGGUCCACACUGACCUGCAGGUCCUCAGAAGGUCCUGAUGAAGGUCCUCACUGACCUGCAGGUCCUCAGAAGGUCCUGAUGAAGGUCCACACUGACCUGCAGGUCCUCAGAAAGUCCUGAUGAAGGUCCUCACUGACCUGCAGGUCCUCCUCUGAACAUCAGCUCUCUCACAGCAGCUCCUUCUUCGGUUUGGAGGAGAGCUGAUGGUGAUCCUCCUCUCUGACAGAUCAGCUGAUUCUCCUCUUUGUCUUCCACUUCAGAGAGCUUCCUCCAAUCAGAGCAGACCUCGCUCGGUCAGGUGGUCACUGUCAGGAUCCUUGAACCUGCGGCGUGCUGAGCGUCAGAAAGGAACGCUGUCAUCUUCAGAUGUUUCCUCUUCCUGUCAGGAGGACUUGGUGUCCUGGUCUGAGAUGGUCUGUAGGUUUUCUGAGGGUCAUGGUGUCCCCCGUUUAUCCUGGAGGUCUGGUCUCAGAUGCUCCUCCUCCUCCUGUGGUCGUCUCUGUAACAGACAGUGAACAACAGAGAAGCCAUCUUAGAUUUCAGUCUGGGGUUACUGGAGGGUGCGUGCGUGCGUGCGUGCGUGCGUGCGUGCGUGCGUGCGUGCGUGCGUGCGUGCGUGUGUGUGUGUGUGUGCGUGUGUGUGUGUCCUCAGUACAUCUACAGUCCAGACCUGACCGGCCUAGAUUCUGACCGUUCUAGAUCUAGAUCUCUGUAGAGUCACGAACAUCCUGAUGGUUUUUCAGGGGGACCAGGACCCUCCAGAUUGAGGACUCUUCAUGGGUUCUGGGUUCUCCUUCAGUCCUCAGGGGUUUUCAGGAAGCAGGACUGCUGGGACCUGAAUCUUCUGGAUCCUGGUUCUGGUGUUGAGCAGAACUUUUCAGAGUCAAGGGUCUUCAUCCUGAAGGUCAAGUCCUCCUGACCUGUGACAGAGAGUCUCUGCAGUGGUCCGGUCCGGUCCUGUGUGUUGUGUCUGGGUCGAACAGGUCCGGUCCGGUCCUGUGUGUUGUGUCUGGGUCGAACAGGUCCGGUCCGGUCCUGUGUGUUGUGUCUGGGUCGAACAGAACCCUCCUCUGUUUUUGUAAAUCUCUGGUUCUGUAAAAACGUCGAGUUCACUUUGAAAAUACAGAUUUUACAAUCAAAGUUUUUUUUCUUCUUCGUCUGUUUUUUUCCUCUCAGUUCUGCCGACCUGAACCGGUUCUGUUCUGAAGAAGUUCUGACUAAAAACCACAGACUGUAUAUAGAAUCUAUAGGGUUAGGGUUCAUAUACUACUAUGAUAUAACUAAUCAAUAACUAAUAUACUCAUAUAAAGUUCAUACAGUAUCUGCUGAAAACCCAGACAAGGUCAGGUUCUGUCAGAACGACCCGGUUCCAUCAGAGGAUCAGUCCGUUUAGCAGCCUGGUCUCAGGGGGACGACCCGGUCUCAGGGGGACGACCCGGUCUCAGGGGGACGACCCGGUCUCAGCGCAGAUUUAAAACUCCAGAACAAAUCUGAGUUUAAUCAGCAGGAAUCAGAUAAAGAUGUUUCAGAUCUCUGUGAGCCGAUCAAUCAAACCGAUCAGUUUUUAAACCAGGUCUAGAUCCCUCUGUCUAGAUCCCUGUCUAGAUCCCUCUGUCUAGAUCCCUCUGUCUAGAUCCCUCUCUUUCUCACUCAUCAUCACUUUUUCUUCUUUAAAACUUUAAAAAAAAACAGGAUUUCUGAGAAGAUCAGCUGAAGGUCGGGUUGGUACCAUCAAGGUUCUGAUUCUAUCAACGCUGAG